GGCGGCGGGCGCGCGCGGGUCGGGCUCAUGGAGGGGCCGUCGGGGGCCGCGGGCGGGGACGUGUCCGUGCACAACUUCAGCGCCAGGCUGUGGGAGCAGCUGGUCCACUUCCACGUCAUGCGGCUGACUGACUCGCUCUUCCUGUGGGUGGGGGCCGCGCCGCACCUGCGCAACCUCGCCGUGGCCAUGUGCAGCCGCUACGACUCCGUCCCCGUGUCCACCUCCCUCCUUGGAGACACUUCUGACACGACGUCCACGGGCCUGGCCCAGCGUUUAGCCAGGAAGACCAACAAACAGGUGUUUGUCAGCUAUAACCUCCCCAACACAGACGGCAGCUUUGCCUUGCUGGUGGAAAACAGGAUCAAGGAAGAAAUGGAGGCCUUCCCAGAAAAGUUCUAGCUGACCGGCAGAAGUGAAGAUUUGUAACUUAUGUACAAUAUAAUUUUUAAAUAAAGUGAUUGCAUCCCA